GCCCCCACACACUUUCUGUCAUCAGGGUCGGGAAGGCUGAUGGGAUGAGCACUUAACCACACAGAUUCAGAAAACAGCCUGUUGGCUGAGAGGAGCAGCUGGGCUCACAGUCGACGGAUCAUCCAGGAUGGCCAGACGGAGACGAGGACGAAACAGCAACGGGCAGAACCAACAGAACCGGAGAGGAGGAGGAGGAGCAGGAGGAGGCUCUCGAGCGGCUCUGCGAGAGCCAGCGCCCUUUGCCAAGCCAACAGGUUGUGAGUCAGACAUCUCCCUCGACAAGCUGACAAUUGCUCAAGCAAGGAAGGGAACCCCAGCUCAUCGUCCUGUGCGAGUCUACGCUGAUGGGAUCUUUGAUCUUUUCCAUUCGGGACAUGCUCGAGCUCUAAUGCAAGCCAAAACGGUGUUCCCCAACACACACCUGAUAGUCGGAGUUUGCAGCGAUGAACUCACUCACAAGUUUAAAGGAUAUACUGUGAUGACGGAGGAUGAGCGUUAUGAAGCCCUUCGGCACUGCCGUUAUAUUGACGAGGUGGUGCGCGAUGCUCCCUGGAGUCUUACCCCAGAGUUCCUCCACAAGCAUAAGAUUGACUUUGUGGCCCACGAUGAUAUCCCGUACACGUCAGCUGGAUCAGAGGAUGUUUAUAAGCACAUCAAGGAAGCAGGAAUGUUUGUGGCCACGCAAAGAACAGAGGGAAUCUCCACAUCAGAUCUGAUCACCCGUAUUGUCCGGGACUACGACAUCUAUGUUCGCCGCAACCUGCAGAGAGGCUACACCGCUCGUGAGCUGAACGUUGGCUUCAUUAAAGAGAAUAAGUAUCGGCUCCAAAACCAGGUGAACAAGAUGAAAGAGACGGUCCGAACAGUGGAGGAGAAGUCGAAACACUUUGUCAACAGGGUGGAGGAGAAGAGCCAGGACCUCAUCCUCAAGUGGGAGGAGAAGUCUCGAGAGUUCAUCAGCAACUUCCUGGAGCUGUUUGGACCAGACGGAGCUUGGCAUGCAUUCCAGGAGCGAGGCGGCCGAAUGCUCCAGGCAUUCUCACCCUAUUCGUCCCCCCGCGGCUCCCCCAGCAGCAGUCCCACCAGGCAGCGUUCUGUUUCAUCUGAGUCACUCUCCUCCUUCGCCUCUCCUCCUUCCUCCCCAUCAUCCACACCUUCCCGCAAAAAGAAAACACGCUGCUCCCUUAAAACGGGAAGCCACUAGUCAUCAGUUUGGUAUUGAAAGUGGCUAAUAGUGGGGAUUAAUGUGUAUAGAUUGAGCUUGUUAAUUUAUUAAGAUGUUAUUAAAGUGUGAGUCAAUUAUAUAAUAAUGUAAAUUAUUUACAUUAGUUGACGAGCAAAAAUAAAACCUUUUAAAACUUGAAUUUGGAUUAAAAAAUGUGGGGAAAAAUACGUAUUAUGUUUGUUCAGACAAAAGACAAAACUCCCAAAUAUACUCUUCUAAACUCCCCCCCCCCCCCCCCCCCCCCCCAGUGAACAAAAAUAUCAAGUACUGCUUCAAAUGGAAUACUUAAUUGGCAUAAAUGUUGGGAGAAAAUUUGUUUCUGAGUAAAAAAUAUAAAACACACAAAAGCACCCCAAAACAUCUGGAUCUUGUAUUUUACAAGCUUAUGGAUCAAUUUGUGAACUAACUCACCAUAGAGCAUUAUUAAACACGGUUUUAUAGGCUUCA